AUGGUCUACAAGUGGGAGGCACACAAGGAAAUAUGCGAGCGCCUCUACAUUGAGGAGAAGAAGUCGUUUCGCGUCAUCGCCGCUUACAUGAAGGAGCACCACAACUUUGGCGCCAGCCCUCGCAGCGAACGCGCUCUGCAAUGCCAAUUCCGCCGCUGGGGGUUCCCGAGCCGCUACAAGCGCGUGCGCAAGGACGACCACCUCGUCGCCAAGGUGCGCGAGCUGUGGGAGCAGAAUGUCAGCCAGCGCGAGAUGCACCGCAUCGUCAACGAGGAGGAGGGCUACGAGAUUAGCUCGCGCGAGCUGCUGCGGCUUCGUCAGGAGCACAACCUCAUGCUGCGCGGCCGCAACGGCGAUCGCCCUUCGACCGAGGGGCCCGACGACGACGACGAGUCCAUGGCCGAGGACGGCACGCCGGCGAGUCCCAGGCCCGGCCAGCAUCAGGACCAGAAUCAGGAUCAGGAACAGGCGCCAUCGGGUGCUGCUGCUGCUGCUGGUGGUGGUGGUGGCGAGGGACAACAGCAGCAGCAACCAGUCGUCGAGCUGUUCCCGGCGCCGGCGAAAGCCAUCUUGGGCUUGGACGAGGACUCGUACGUCGGCAUGCGCGCCAUUUUCACGCGCCUUUGCGAGGAGGCAGGCGUCAUCAAGAAGACGAUUGCCGGGCCGGACAGGUGGGAAGGCCUCAAGGACGAGCUCAUCCGCCAGUUCCCGCCCUUCGAGGCCGAGAUGUGGCAGAGCCGAGACAACCACGACGGCAAGAAGCUGGCGCUCGACGUCAUCUGCACCGACUGCACCAAGCGCCUGCGCGUCAAGAACCGCAACCUCACGCUGCCCGACGCGCGGGUCGUGCUGGGCAUCAACCCCGAGGAGACGAGACAGCUUCGCGCGUCGUGGUACAAGCUCGUCGAGGAGAACGGCGUGCACAGCAAGACGCAGGCCGGCGUCAAGCAGUGGAAUGACCUGAAGAACCAGUGGGGCCAGCGGUGUCCGAUUGUGCAGCGCGUGCUGACGGCUGGCAACACGCAGUCGACGCACGAGGACAAGCUGCGGGCUCUCGAGCUGCUGGCCCGCGAUGUCAUGAAGAGGCGAUGGGACGAUGUCGGACGCGCGAAGAAGGCACAGGCUGGCAAGAAGGCCUCGGCAACACCAAGUGCAGAGACAGCUCGCAAGGCUGCCAAGCAAACCCAGACCCAGACCCAGACCCAGACCCAGCAGCAACAGGCAAGCCGCCCAGGACUCGAACCCCGCUUCGUGGUUGCGGAUGCGCCGAUGGGCGACAAUCCCCACGCCGAGGAGCAGGACGGGGACGGUACGACAGGGAACGGGCAGGACCACAUGUACCAGUCGAACUACCCCGAUCCUCAAGUCAGCGCGCAGCAGCCGUACGCAUCCCCACACAAUCCACAGCGGGUGGUCCUGGAUUCGACACUGGGAUCGUCGUUGCUGAUGGCGGUGAACAGCGAGUCGGCGGCCUACCAGCAGCAGCAGCAACAGCAGCAGCAGCAGCAACAGCAGCAAGCGGCGCCAGGGCCGCCGUCCACGAGCACGGCCAUCUUCCUACGGCUGAGCCCCCUCUCGACCUACGAGACGAGCACCUCUCUCUGGAUCGCGACGAUGAGCACCCACUCGGUGCGGGAGCUACGGCACGUGGCGGUCGAGAAGUUCCCCAAUGCCGCCUGCCUGCGUGUCGAAGGCAUUCUGAAGGACGGCAAGGGCGGCGAGAUGCCGCUGCUGAUCGACGGCGAUACCGAGCUCGAGGCCUACUUGACGCAUCUGAAUGGGGCGACGCCGACGUUUUCUGUGCAACUCGUGCCUGGGUGGCGGCCCGCUUGA